ACAGCAUUUUCUAUUUUGGUUUGCACGAAUUCCAAAUGUUUAUUGUAUUAUGAAUUUUACAUAAAUUACAUGUUGUAAAUUGUGUAGGCUGGCUGCAAUUGGUUUCAAAUGGUUAAAUUACUAUAGUUUCAAGCAAUCCUCGAUAAUAUAGUUUCUUGACAAUGUCGACUUCGCCACCCACUCAAUCGCGUCGAUCUGCGGGUGAUGCUAAGAAAACUCCACCCUCUAGUAUAGUGACAAGAAAUGGUGCUAAAAAUGCAAAAAUCCAAACAAGGUCCAUGCUUAAACCUAAUGUUAAGCCAUCACCUGCUCUGCUCGCAGCUAAGAAGAAGGCUCAACAAAAGAAGAAAACAGCAUUUGAUACUGUACUCAAAGAUCACUAUCAAAUUGCCAUGGAGUGUAAAUCAAAAGUGAAAGGUCCAACUGGGUUUGUGACGGAGCCUCGAAUGACUGAGCACCGGUGCCUCUGGGAUGAGAACUACCCCGAGAAUCCAGAGCGAUUAAUCAGUGUUAUUAAGAGGUGUGAAGAAUUAAAGCUAAUAGAAGAAUGCAAGCAAUUUCCUCCGAGGCUGGCUACCAAGGAGGAGCUGAUGACACUUCACUCCCCUGAGGUGUAUGACUUGCUCCUGAAGACACAUGAGAAUAACGACGUCGAAUAUUUGGAGGAUGUCUCCUCAAAAUAUGACGCCAUCUAUAUACAUCCGAGCACGCACUCCCUGGCGUUACUAGCGGCCGGGUCUACCAUCGACAUGGUGGACAGGGUCGUCACGGGUGAGGUGCAGACGGGCGUGGCCUUCGUGCGGCCGCCGGGACACCACGCCAUGAGGGCGGAGCCCUGCGGCUACUGCUUCUACAACAACGUCGCGCUGGCCGCACAUCACGCUGUACAUAAGAGGGGGCUUGAGAGGGUACUGAUCGUGGACUGGGACGUGCAUCACGGCCAAGCGACGCAACAGAUGUUUUACGACGACCCUAGAGUGCUUUACUUCUCCAUCCACCGCUACGAGCACGGCUCGUUCUGGCCGAACCUCCGUCAGUCGGACUUCCCCUACGUGGGGUCGGGCGCCGGCGCCGGUCGCAACGUCAACGUCCCCCUGAACGAGACCGGCGCGACCGACGCCGACUAUCUCGCGAUAUGGCAUCAGCUGCUGCUGCCUAUGGCCCUCGAGUACCAGCCGGAGCUCAUCAUCAUCUCGGCCGGCUUCGACGCGGCCAUCGGCUGUCCAGAGGGCGAGAUGGAGGUGACACCAGCGUGUUACGGGCACCUUACGCGGGCGCUGCUGGCGGUGUGCGGCGCCGUCGUGGCGGUGCUGGAGGGCGGGUACUGCCUGGCGUCGCUGGCGGAGGGCGCGGCGCACACGCUACGCGCGCUGCUCCGCCCGCCCCCGCCUCUGCCGCCGCUCGCCCCGCCCUCCCACACCAUACGCGAAACCAUUCUCAACUGUAUAUACGCUCACAAGAAGUACUGGAGGUGUUUCAACUACCAGCCCACCUACAGCAUACACAGCAGCGUCCAGAAUGUGUGCGACGAGCGACGAGAGAAGCACACGGUGACCGUCAAGUGGUUGGGCGACGAGACCAGACCGGAGCGGUUCGCGACGAGAGACUGCUACCCGCUGCAGGACGAUACCACGAAGAGAAACAUCAAAGAACGACUUGAACAUUUGAAGCAGGUAAUGGAUUUGUCAAUACCGGAGCACGAUGUUGGCUACAUUUACGACGAAGCUAUGCUUAAACAUAAGAAUAUAUGCGAACCCGAUCACGUGGAAUGCCCGGAGCGAAUACUCCGAGUACACGAGCGGUUGCGAGACUUCGGCCUGCUAGAGCGGCUGCACCGACUGCCGACGCGGACCGCUACCGACAGGGAAAUACUUACCGUGCACACCAAGGAGCAUUUACAGAGGCUAAAAGAUCUAUCAUCGACGAAGCUUCGUGACCUCAACAGCGCUAAGGGUCAGUUUGACUCCGUGUAUUUUCAUCCCGACUCGUUUGAGAGCGCCGCCGUCGCCGCAGGCUGCGUGCUACAGAUGGUGGACGCGGUGUUAUCUGGCGUGUGCGGUGCGGGCGUGUGCGCGGUGCGGCCGCCCGGCCACCACGCGGACGCGGCCACGCCCAGCGGCUUCUGUCUGCUCAACUCCGCCGCGCUCGCCGCCGCGCACGCCACAGCGUCCGCGACGCCACGCGCGCGCCGCGUGCUACUGCUCGACUGGGAUGUACACCAUGGAAACGGCACACAGCGUCUCACGUAUAACGAUCCCAAGAUUCUAUACAUGUCGAUCCACCGGUACGACAACGGCACGUUCUUCCCGAGCUCCACGGAGGCGGACCACAGCGCGGUGGGGGAGGGCGCGGGGAGGGGGUACAAUGUCAACAUACCCUGGAACAAGCGCGGCAUGGGCGACGCGGAGUACAUGGCGGCGUUUACACAGAUCGUGCUGCCGAUAGCGUACGAAUACAGUCCCGACCUCGUCAUAGUGUCUGCGGGCUUCGACGCCGCCGUCGGCGACCCGCUCGGCGGUUGCAAAGUCACACCAGAAUGCUUCGGUCGUAUGACGCAGCUCCUAAGAAGCUUGGCGGGCGGCCGCGUCAUAUUAUGUCUGGAAGGCGGCUACAACGUAACCAGCGUUUCAUACUCCAUGGCUAUGUGCACUAAGGCCUUACUCGGUGACCCUAUACAUCACCAGUAUGACCCCAAAGUGACAGUGCAUUCUUCUACCGUGGAUACUAUAAACGAUGUUAUCACAACGCAUAAACAGUAUUGGAAGAGUCUCAAGUUUCAAGUGGCGCUGCCGACAGAGGACGUACUCGAUGAGCCGGCGCCGUCUCGAGGACUUACGGAUAUGAAUGUGCUUGAUUCCUUCGCGAAAAUGAGUAUAAGCGACAAGAAAUGUUCCGAUGGAGUGCACUGUGGGACAGACGAUGAAGAUGACAGCAAAACCAAUGAAGCUAGUGGCUCCAUAAAAGAAGAAAAUAAAGAUAAUUGUGACAAGAAAUGCGCUGACGGGGUACACUGUGGGACGGACGAUGAGGAUGACAGCAAAGAUGCUAGUGGAUCCAAAAAAGAAGAAAAUAAAGACAGUGAACCGAAAACGUUAGUGGAUUACUUGAGUGACAACAUGGAGGCGCUAGUGAACGGUGAGAUGUACGCAGUGGUGCCGCUACAGUGGUGUCCGCACUUGGACUCGCUGUACGCUAUACCGGAGAGUGUGACCUUCAAGCAGGGUGUGAAGUGCGCGGACUGUGAACACACCGUGGAGAACUGGGUGUGUCUACAUUGUUACACUACAGCGUGCGGGCGCUACGUGAACGGUCACUUGCAGGCGCAUGCGGCGUCCCACUCGCACGCUCUUGCCCUCUCGCUCGCGGACCUGUCCGUCUGGUGCAGCGUGUGCGACGCGUACGUCGACAACGCACUCCUCUACGACGCAAAGAACAAAGCGCAUCGCAGCAAGUUUGGCGCUGAUAUGCCCUGGUGUUACCCCGACAAUGUUCUGCAGAUGAAGUGAAGUUGUAUAGCGGUAUAGAUUGUACCGCAGAGCACAAAUUCGUCGUUGAUCCAACACGACUUGUCUAAUUUCGUUUUCAAAGGUUUUUCCAUGUGUGAAUUAAUCAGGCAAACAAAAUAUCAGCCCUAGUAGCCAAGUGGCAAGCGAUUAUCGUAAACGCUAACAAAAUA